AUUCGCCUGCAAAUUCAGCACAGAAAAUAUUCUACAUGUAAGUUGGCUCCUUGAAUUAAUUUCAAAUCUGUUGUACAUACUACAAGCAUGGGUGUAGACAACAUAAAGGAGGGUAAAUAAUUGUUUUGAUAUGAUUUGAAAACGACAGAUAAAGAGAGGUUGUCAAAAUGAAAUGAUCCACUUUUUAAGAAAAGAUUGAUUGGAGUAAACAUCUUACCAACUACUCUCCAUCUCUCACUGUAUUUUUAGCGUCUGAUUAUAUUAUGUUAAGAAUCUAAAAUGCUAUAAAGGUGGGUGAAAACAACACAAGAUAUCAUAUUGUAUUCAUUUGUUAGACGAGAUAAUAAUAAUAUUAGUAACUGUAAUGUGGGUAAAACUCACGUUCAAAACGGGAAAGCGAGAAAGAACGCAUGAGAUUAUAAAUAGCCACGUUUUACAACUCCUGCAAUACAUUUUAGCUAACGACGCAUUAUGCUACACGAGGGGCUAAGAUUUCACACAGAUUUAAUCAAAUUAUUCUAAUUUUUAAUGACAUUUAACUUUUGAGAGAAUCUAAUCCCUCCACAAAAGUCAAGGUGAAAUUCAAAAAACAAAUGAUGGGCUCGAAGCCAUCUCAAUAAUUGGAGCUUUAUAUCAAUACUAUUAAAAGGGAAAGAGUCCUAAAAAAUCUACUUAAAACAAAUCAUAGUUGGACCAUUUCAUUUAACUAGAAUUUCUAUUAUUUCUCAUACUACUAACUUAAUUAUUCUUCAUUAAAAGCAAAUUAGUCAUAAAAAAAUGGUACUAACCUAAUUAUCUACUUAUACGUUCAUACGCAUUAUUCCAUCAUAAAUAUUUUGAGCUAAUAUUAAAUAAUGUCCAUCCUAUAUUUAUAUAGUAUAUGGUUACUUGUGAUUUAUUUAAUAGAUAAUACCUUUGAAAACUAUAAACAAAAUAUAAUAUCCAUUGUAAAAAAUACAUUUUUACAGAGAUGAACCAUUAUUUUAUACUAACCUUAUUAACUAAACUGAUUUCAUUAACCAUGUUAUAUAUAUGAACACUUCAACAUUAUCAUUCACAAACUAAACGAUGUUUGUCACAACUUAAUAUUUCAAGUUGGUUGUAUUAUUUUAAUACCAAACCAGCUCCUACAAACAUUCAUAGAUAUGAUUAUGGUCUACAUAAAACCGGUUCAAUCUUUCCAUAUGCUAUCUUUUCAGAAAAUGACUAUUUAUCUUCGGUUCUGUUAGAUAUUUAGUCUAACCAAUUAUAAAUCGGUUAGUGAUAACUUCUAAAACUUUGAAAACACUUUGUUAUUUAUUAACACUAUAUCGAUACUUUAAAACAUGUUAGCAGUAGAAUUGUGUUUUAGAACAAAAUCUACUUAUUUUAAAACAUAAUAUUAUUUUGAAAAUAGUUUUGAUACUAUGUGUUAUAUUAAACAUAGUUAUAUAUAUUUGAAAUAAAUAAUUAUAUACAUAAAUUAUACUUUUGGUUAACUAAAUUAUUUAUCAACCAAAUAAAAUAUUCGGGUAAUUCAAGUUUUCGUGUUAUCCGGUUUAUAAAUAGUAUUUUUAGGAUAUGUGGUUAUUUAAAAAUUGAAUGUAAUUAAUAUUUUUAAAUAGAUAAUUUUUAUUUAAAAGUUCAGGUACUCAUUUGGUUCUCGGUUCGGUUUCAAUUUUUCGGUCAUAGAUUUAUGAUUUGCUAUAUUAUUUAUGCAAUUCAAUUCAAUUUUGGUUUUUCAGUUUGGUACGGUUUGGUCCGUGGUUUUGGAUAAAUAUGCUCAAAUUUAUACACUAUCUUAUAUAGAAAUUCGUUUACAAUAUAUUUAAUUACAAAAACAAACCCGCGUUUUCCAAACGCGGGUCAAAAUCUAGUAAUUGAUUAUGAUGUCCAGAUUAUAUAAUUUUUAUUUACUUAGAAUGAAUUAAGGUCUAUUGAAUGGAGACAUGUGGGAACAAAAGUAGUAAUUAAAUGGGUCCUUAUAAAGGUUAACCCUUUUGAAUUUGAUAGUGAUUUCCACAGAAAAACAGUUUAGAAUAUAUCAAGAAUUUCUCUUUCCACUAUUGUGAAAUGAAUAAGAACCAAUGUUUGUUAGCCAAAAAAAAAGAACAACCCACUCUGCUAGAGUAUUAGAGCAUGUACAACGCGGGUUGUUAGUCAAUCCUUAAGUGUAAUCCUUAGCUUUUUGUGAUUAAAUAAACAAUAAAAAUAUCGAUUAAGCUAAGGAUGAAUCCUAAAUUAAGGAUUAAAAGGACGGAAUCCGUAAUGCGCUGGCGUUACGUGAGUGGCUGGAGUCACAUUUGUUUUUGGUGGGGUGAGUGAAAAAAAAACGCGAAGAAAUUCAUUUGUUCGACCCAAGGAAAAAAAAAACCAGAGGCGUGACGGAGGCGAAAGAGGGGCGAAUCGUGAUCGUCGUUGUCGAAGGUAAAUCCGGCUUCUCUGUCUGUUAAUUUUUCUUCUGGGCUUGAUGCAUGUUCAUUUCAUCGGUUGAAAGGGUUCGAUUGUGGGGUUUAAAUAGAAUUAGGGUUUGAAAUUGGAUUGGGGAUUUCAAUCGAAUUAGGGUUUUUGUCUGGGUUUGUAAUUUUCUUAUUUUCGAGGCGAUGAUUUGUUGUUAUUGACGCGAUUCCAGGUUCUGGAUUGAGUAAAUGGGAUUGGGGAUUUUAUUCGAAUUAGGGUUUUCUUCUGCGUUUGCUAAUUUGUUCUUUUAGAUAGGAUUGUUUGUUGUUCUCGUCGGGAAUGAAAUCGAAAUAGGGUUUUGUUCUGGAUUGAAACCGUAUAAUGGUUUUCUUGUCGGUUUGAGGCUGGAUUUGUUUUCGUUGCAGGUACAGAAAUGGAGGAAGAACUUCGAGAUAUGAAAGCACACAAAGCGUACAUCAGCAUGGUUGAUUUCGUUGCAGAAGCGCAACAGGGCAUUCCCAAACUGUGCCCCUGUGGCUCAAUCACGAAGGAAACCGUUGAUGAAGAGGACACUUACGACUACCUCCCUGGGAAAAGAUACUUCAUCUGCAAAGACUUCGAGAAUGACGGACUUCAUUUCAGGCAACCAUGGGUUACGGGUGUGACAGAAGAGGUUGAGAGGCUGAAACUACGGGUUCACGAGCAUGAGAAGCUUCUCAGAGAGUGUGAGGCACUUAAGGUGAGAUUCAAUUGUCAGUUUCAUAAUAAAGUUAGUUGUUUGUACUACAUUUCUAAACCAUUGUUUGGUUUACCUGUUCUCUGUACAGGCACAGGUUGCAAUGCUGGUAAAGCGGGUGACAGAACUUGAGUUACUGCACUAAGGUUAGUCUAACUGAACUUUAUUAGUUACUAUAUAACUCGCUAGUUACUAGUUUUAGUUGUUUGAAUAUAAACGGAUAGGACAGGCACCUGUUUAGUUUGAAAUCUGUACACUUUGCGUUAAUGAACUUGUAGAGUGUGUAGUUAUAAAUGCUUAGCUUAACGACCAUUAAAUUUUCUAUAGCUGUUGUGAUAGGACAGUUUUCUACUUGUAUUGAAUGUAGAAUCCCUUAUUUAAUCUUACUAGUUUCUAGUAGAGAAUCACACAGUUUUAUUCAUACUCUUUACAAACUCCUAAAUGGAAAGCUCCUCUAGUUUUGUUAACCUGUUAACGA